ACUAGAACCCGCUCUGCCGGCAUCGAGUGCGCGUCGCACUUGCAGCCCAGCAUCGCAGUCCAGAUCCUCGGGUGCGCUCGGUCAGUGAACAAGUGUCGUUUUAGUUGAGUGCCUAGUGGUGAAUCUCCCGUCGUCGAGAAGCACAGUAAGCACAGUGCCGAGAAGCAUGCUGAUAGCGGAUCGACCGAUCAACAUGGACCAGUACAACACGCUCCACGACGCCGUUCGCGCUUUGCACGGCGAGAACCUCGUGCAGACCGGCAGUCCGGCGAUCAUGUGCAGCCCGCUGCCGUCGCACUGGAGGUCCAACAAGUCGCUGCCCACGGCCUUCAAGGUCGUCGCGCUCGACGACGUGACCGACGGCACCCUCGUCACCGUCAGCGCCGGCAACGACGAGAACUUUUGUGGCGAACUGCGCAAUUGCACCGCGGUCAUGAAGAAUCAAGUGGCCAAGUUUAACGAUCUCAGAUUCGUCGGCAGGAGCGGCAGAGGAAAGUCCUUCUCGCUCACGAUACAAAUCAGCACUGUGCCUUUUCAAAUCGCUACCUACACCAAGGCCAUCAAAGUAACGGUCGACGGACCACGCGAGCCAAGGUCCAAGUCGACUUACCAGUACAGUCAUGGAUUCCCGGCGUUGGGUCUGCUCAACCCCUGGAUUGACGCGGCUUAUCUAAGUCAGUCUUGGCAUUUGCCUCCUCUAAGUCACGUCAAACCCGGCACGAUAAUACCGCCAGCGGACAUGUUUCCACCCGGUUUUCCACCAGUUAUAAUGCCACCGGCGUAUCAUUUUUCCGAUCCACUAGCCAACUACCAUAGUCCGCCUCCGGCACCACUGACAACCACUCAGACCACGACGCCUGUUUCGCAAAAAUCCGCAUCGUCGGUACACUCGACCUCACCACCAGCAGCAACGACGAACAACUGCACGACGAUAGUACCACUACCGAGUACACCACCAAUCAGUGCAAGCGACAGUGGCAGCGAAUCCGAAGAAAUCCGCAGUGCGUUCGUGCCGAUCAGGGUGAACAAUGUACCGUCGUCGUCGCCGACGGACAAACCGAAAAGGCCGGUGGAAGGCACGCGAAACGAGCUGAAAGCUCCGCUAGCCUUGAUCUCGCACCGACUAUCCACCCUCAAGAGGACUCCGUCGCCGACGAAGCUCCAAGCGACGCCAGCUCCCAAACCCGUGUGGAGGCCCUACUAACGACGACAAUACCGGCGCGAGAGGCGACUAUUUCAAGGCUAGUGACAUGCGGAUAGACUCCUUGAAUCACGUGUGUACGUGGGUGUUUGUGUGCGCGCGCGCGCGACUGCAAGCCAACGUGUUUGAUCGAUAUUUGGCUUUUCUUUCACGUACACGCAUACGGGGAAACUUUCGUUGUAUUUAGACGCGAACUGUGACAGAAAUACUAUGUUUCCAAAUUUAUUUAUCGGUUGACUAGCUUCUCGAUAGUCAACGAGAUAUAUGUAUGUAUGUAUAAGGAAUUAUCAAGCAUGCCAAUUUCAGUGUUUGAAAUUGGUCAUUGGUUGAUUUAAAUAUGUGCGUCGUGAUGUUGCUUCGAUAAGAGGCCUAGUUACUUGUAUUAUACAUGGAUAAGGGAGGGGAGAGAAAUCAAAGAUUGAAAAUAUUGUUUUCAUAUAAAUACUUGUAAAUAGAUCUUAAAUGGUGCAUAUAUAUAUACGUAAUGUAUGUAUGUAUAUAAAUAUGUAAAUAUGUAAAUAUGUAAAUACGUAAAUACGUAAAUUCGUAAAUACGUAAAUACGUAAAUACUGAUCGUGCAUACAUAGUAUGCGAAAUCGAUCUACAAGAGAGAGAGAGAGAGAGAAAGAAUACGAAUAAAAAUACG